GUUCUGGUUUGGGAUCCUGCUCUGUAAUGUCGCUGACUGGAUCUUGGACAAGUUACUCAACCUCUCUAAGUCCUCAGUUCCUGAUUUUGGGAUCCACUGAGGUUUACAACAGCUCGUUGCCUUACGCACUAAUUCACACUAGAAAGUUAGGUUCUUGAGGAUUUGAAGCUGGAACCUUGUUGCCAGGAAGGCUGGGGGUUGUGGGGCUCUUCUUCCAAGGGUAGGUUAUGUUUGCAGGGGAAGUGCUUCUCAGGUCCUGUGUUCUGGGUAGAAGUCAAAGGUUAGCAGAGUUCUGUAGCAGGUAGAACUCUGGGGAAAGUCAGGCGUCAACCCGCACCUCAGGGCUGAAGGAUUCUGAUCACAGGUGUUCUGCACAUCCUGAAGUCCUGAGAUCCAUACAUUCGACAGAUUUGUCAAGGCAGGGCCCCGCUUGUUCCCUGGCCCUGGCCUAGGUACACAUUUUGUGAACGCCUGCAGUGAACAGUACACAGCGCACAGCGUGCACAGGGGCACAGGCUGUUCCGGAAGCGGCCAGUUUCAGAGGUUCUGGCGGGAGAGGAGGGAGGGAGAGGCUGAGUCCCCAGUCGCUGGGGAGCGGCGCUGCCCCUGGGCCGAGGGUGGAGCUUUCCCGGUCGGGAAAGGGCUGGGCCCAGCCUACUAGUUACGGCAGGACCGAGUGACGGCCGGCGCUCCCCAGAGAGGUCUGAGUGCGGAUACUGCUUGCUGGAUUCCCAGGAGCUCUGCUGUGACUCUGAGCCGCGGAUCACCGGGUACCCCAGAUUCUUGGAACCCAGUUCCGGAUUUCCGAUCUUCAGGACCUGACGAGUCUGAGCUCAGAUUUCUUUCUGUAUUGCAGAUUUCUGGAACAGGACAUCCGGUCUGUGACCCGAUCAUCAAAUCCCGUAGGAGUUUCUCGGAUCCCGAGAUCUCUGGAUCCACUGUCCCAGGCUCCUGCCCUGCUCCGGGUUCCUCGCGCCCGGCACCCCGCGCCUGAGCGCCCCCGCAUGGAGGGGACGGGCCCCGGGACCGGGACCUUGGAGCGCGCCGGCAGUUGCUGGCAGGACCCGCUGGCCGAGGCGCUGAGCCGGGGCCGGCCGCUCGCCGCUGCCCCAGGACGGGGCUCUGCGCGGAGCCGGCCGCUCAGCGUGGUCUACGUGCUGACCCGGGAGCCGCAGCCCCCGGUGGAGCCUGCGGCGGGAACCCAGGCCGAGCCGCUGCCUCUGCGAUGCCUGCGCGAGGCCUGCGCGCAGCUCCCCGGGCCGCGGCCGCCCCCGCAGCUGCGCAGCUUGCCCUUUGGGACCCUGGCGCUGGGCGACACCGCGGCACUGGACUUCUUCUACAACGCGGAUGUGGUGGUGCUGGAGGUGAGCAACUCCCUGGCACAGCCUUCCCUGUUCUACCACCUCGGCGUGCGGGAGAGCUUCAGCAUGACUAACAACGUGCUUCUGUGCUCCCAGGCUGACCUCCCUGACCUGCAGGCCCUGCGUGAAGAUGUGUUCCAGAAGAACUCGGAUUGUGUUGGCAGCUACACACUGAUCCCCUAUGUGGUGACAGCCACUGGUCGGGUGCUAUGUGGUGACGCAGGCCUCCUGAGGGGCAUGGCUGAUGGGCUAGUACAGGCCGGGGCGGGCACUGAGGCUCUGCUCACUCCCCUGGUGGGCCGGCUUGCCCGUCUGCUGGAGGCCACACCUACGGACUCUUGUGGCUAUUUUCGGGAGACCAUUCGGCAGGACAUCCGGCAGGCUCGGGAGCGGUUCAGUGGGCAGCGGCUGCGACAGGAGCUGGCUCGCCUGCAGCGGAGACUGGACAGCGUGGAGCUGCUCACCCCAGAUAUCAUCAUGAACCUGCUUCUGUCCUACCGUGAUGUGCAGGACUACUCAGCUAUCAUUGAUUUGGUGGAGACACUACAGGCCUUGCCCACCUGUGAUGUGGCCGAGCAGCACAACGUCUGCUUCCACUACACCUUUGCCCUCAACCGGAGGAACAGGCCUGGGGACCGGGAGAAAGCACUGGCUGUUCUGCUGCCACUGGUCCAGGUUGAGGGCCCUGUGGCACCAGAUCUGUACUGCAUGUGUGGCCGUGUCUACAAGGACAUGUUCUUCAGCUCUGGCUUCCAGGAUUCUGGACACCUGGAGCAGGCCUAUCACUGGUAUCGCAAAGCCUUUGACAUGGAGCCCAGUCUACACUCUGGUAUCAAUGCAGCCGUCCUCCUCAUCGCAGUCGGGCAGCACUUCGAGGAUUCCGAGGAGCUCCAACUGAUAGGCAUGAAGCUUGGCUGCCUGCUGGCCCGCAAAGGCUGCGUGGAGAAAAUGCAGUAUUACUGGGAUGUAGGUUUCUACCUGGGAGCCCAGAUCCUUGCCAAUGAUCCCAUCCAGGUCGUGCUGGCUGCAGAACAGCUGUACAAGCUCAAUGCCCCCAUCUGGUACCUGGUGUCGGUGAUGGAAACCUUCUUGCUCUACCAGCACUUCAGACCCACACCACAGCCUUCUGGAGGACCCUUGCUUCGAGCUCACUUUUGGCUCCACUUCUUGCUACAAUCCUGCCAGCCUUUCAACACAGCCUCUCCUCAGGGGAACCAGUGCCUGGUGCUGAUCCUGGAGAUGAACAAAGUGUUGCUGCCUGCAAGGCUUGAGGUUCAGGGUACAGGUGUGGUGAGCACAGUGACCCUAAGCCUGCUGGAGCCUGAAACCCAGGAUGAAUCCUUCAGCUGGACCUUCCCAGUUGCCUCUAUCUGCGGUGUCAGUGCCUCCAAGCGGGAUGAGCGCUGCUGCUUCCUUUAUGCGCUUCCUCCUGCCCAGGACGUCCAGUUGUGCUUCCCCAGUAUAGAGCGGUGCCAGUGGUUCUGUGGCCUGAUCCAGGCCCUGGUGACAAAUCCAGAUCCUACGGGGCCCACGGAGGAGGUGGAGGGCGUAAGGGAGGUGCUGGAGUUUGAUUAUGAAUACGCGGAGACCGGUGAGCGGCUGGUGCUGGGCAAGGGCACGUACGGGGUGGUGUACGCAGGCCGUGAUCGGCACACGAAAGUACGCAUCGCCAUCAAGGAGAUACCAGAGCGCGACAGCAGGUUCUCUCAGCCCCUCCAUGAAGAGAUUGCUCUCCACAAACGCCUGCGCCACAAGAACAUCGUGCGCUAUCUGGGUUCAGCCAGCCAGGGCGGCUACCUCAAGAUCUUCAUGGAGGAAGUGCCUGGAGGCAGCCUUUCCUCCUUGCUUCGGUCAGUGUGGGGACCCUUGAAGGACAAUGAGAGCACUAUUAGUUUCUACACCCGUCAGAUCCUUCAAGGACUCAGCUACCUACAUGAUAACCGAAUUGUGCACCGGGACAUCAAGGGGGACAAUGUACUGAUCAACACCUUCAGUGGGCUGCUCAAGAUUUCUGACUUCGGCACCUCCAAGCGGCUGGCAGGCAUCACACCCUGUACUGAGACCUUCACAGGGACUCUGCAGUAUAUGGCCCCAGAAAUCAUUGAUCAGGGUCCACGAGGGUAUGGGAAGGCAGCUGACAUCUGGUCACUGGGCUGCACUGUGAUUGAGAUGGCCACAGGUCGCCCUCCCUUCCAUGAGCUAGGAAGCCCACAGGCUGCCAUGUUUCAGGUGGGCAUGUACAAGGUGCACCCACCAAUGCCCAGUUCUCUGUCAGCUGAGGCCCAAGCCUUCCUGCUCCGAACUUUUGAGCCUGAUCCUUGUCUCCGAGCCAGUGCCCAAGAGCUGCUUGGGGACUCCUUCCUGCAACCUGGGAAGAGGAGCCGCAGCCCUGGCUCUCCUCGUCACACUCCUAAGCCCUCAGAUGCUCCUUCAGCUGGUCCUACUACUUCAGCUGACUCAGCCACCCAGUCCCAGACAUUCCCGCAGCCUCAGACACCCUCUCAGCACCCACCUAGUCCCCCAAAGCGCUGCCUCAGUUAUGGGGACACCAGCCAUCUCCGGGUACCCGAGGAGCCCGGGGCCGAGGAGCCCGCGUCCCCGGAGGAGAGUUCGGGACUGAGCCUGCUGCACCAGGAGAGCAAGCGCCGGGCCAUGCUGUCUGCGGUACUGGAGCAGGAACUGCCCACGCUGGCAGAGAAUCUGCGCCUGGAGCAGGAGCAGGGUUCCCGCCUGAGCAGGGAUCAUGUGGAACAGCUGCUGCGCUGCCUCGGGGCGCACAUCCACACUCCCAACCGCCGGCAGCUGGCCCAGGAGCUGCGGGCGCUGCAAGCGCAGCUGCGGGCCCAGGGCCUUGAGCCUACUCUUCUGAAUGGGCCGCUCUUCGCCUUCCCAGAUGCGGUGAAGCAGAUCCUCCGCAGGCGUCAGAUCCGCCCACACUGGAUGUUCGUGUUGGACUCGCUGCUUAGCCGUGCAGUACGAGCUGCCCUGGCAGUGCUGGACCCGGCGGUGGAAAAGAAGGCGGUAUCUCCGAAGUCUGAGGAAUUGAGUAAAGAAGGGGUGUCCCAGCAGAAGCAGCAGGAAACUCCGAUUCCACAGAGCCCACUUCCGGGAGAACUGGAGCAGGGGCCCCCGCCUCUGAUAGUGCAGCUGGGCCUCUUGAGAGCAGAGACUGACAGGCUUCGGGAUAUCCUGGCAGAAAAGGAACGUGAGUGCCAGGCCCUGGUGCACCAAGCUCUACAGCGGGUAAAUGCUGAGGCCAGGACCUACACCCUGGCUUCAGAUAACCCAGCCACACUCUCAAAGGACCAGGACCUGGUGCAGUGGCUACAGGAAUUAAGUGUGGAUGCAGGUACCAUCCAAACGCUGCUGAGCCAUAGCUUCACCCUCCAUGCCCUGCUCACCUGUGCCACUCGAGACGACCUCCUCUACACCCGCAUCAGGGGAGGGAUGGUAUGCCGAAUCUGGAGGGCCAUCUUGGCACAGCGAGCAGGAUCCAAGCCAGUUACCCCGGACCCCAAGAGGCUGAAUGAGAACAUCAGAAGCAGGAGAGUCCCAUGACAGAUGACUGGUGAAGACAAAAGCAGCUUCUGAUAUACAUGCCCCAGGAUCCAGGAGCAACUGUAGGAGGCCAGACAGGUGGGGCCAGGGUAAGACCCAGGCCUCAUUCCAGUAGGGAAAACCAAAUACACACGGUGCCCAAGCACACCAAGUAUGACCAAUUUUUUUUUUUUUUUGUAUGUGUGCUGGGGACUGAACCCAGGGCCUCAAGCUGGCUAGGCAUGUACUCUGCAAUCCCCAACCCCAAAAUCCAAACUUUUUCUUUUCUGGCCAUGCUGGGGAUUGAACCCAAUUUGUCUACCACUUGAGCCAUUUUCCCAGUCUUUAUGUUUGUAUUUUGUUUUUGAGAUAG